GUCCUGAGGGAACAAUUCCAAUCCUAAGAUCACAAAUGAAAUUCCCACAUUAUAGGAAAUUCCCCUCACAGAAUGACAACAAUAUCACCAACGAGUUUGGAAUAGCAGUUUACCCUAGAGGGACUUACUAUGGAGCAACUGGAAACCUCAAUGUAUGGAGCCCAGCCACGUUUGGUUUAGAAUUCAGCUUAGCUCAAGCGUGGGUCACAGAUGGGGAUGGCCAAGACUACAAUUCAGUAGAGGCGGGUUGGAUCUCUGAUGGCUACGGAUCCACUGGAUGCUACAAUUUAGAUUGCCCUGGGUUUGUUCAAACAUCCCAGGAAGUCACACUUGGUGAAGUCUUAACCCCAGUUUCAUCUUAUGAUGGCCCCCAAUACCAAGUUACCUUUGCCAUCCACAAGGACAUAGGGACCGGAAAUUGGUGGUUGAAUUUCCAGGGCAGAACGGUAGGAUACUGGCCGCGAUACAUAUUCAGUGGACUGAGGACAAGCGCAAGCAUAAUAGCUUGGGGUGGUGUGAUUGGUAAUUCACACCCACAAGGCUCCCACACAACUACUCAAAUGGGAAGUGGGCAUUUUGCCAAUGAAGGGCGUGACAAGGCGGCUUUCGUGGACAACCUAGGGUUUGUUGAUGAAGGUGAACAUGUUAAGGAUGCUAAGACCCUGUUAGGAUAUGCCACAAACCCAGCUUGUUAUAGUGUACAGGUUGGAGAUUGGAAUAAUAUUGAAAAGACUCAUUUUUACUAUGGAGGUCCAGGAUGGUCACCCAAUUGUAAAUAGUGAUGAUACAGAGAGAUAAUAGUUGGAAUGUGAAAUAAAUGAGAAGCAAAAGCGAGGAGGUUGGGAAUUGGAAUUUGUGUUUUUGGUUUUGCGGGUGAUGAAAUAAGCUUGUGUUCAUAUAGGAUGAAUGAAAUGAGUGUAUUAUUUUGAUUGUGAACUGUAUUAUUUUUCAUCGAGAUAAUCCGCGUGUUUGAAUCGGAUUGAUGUACCUUGACUUGAUAUUUUUUCCAACGACUUUAAGGUCUAGUUCAAACAAAAGUGUUUGAUUUGUGAUAUUUUUUUCUCAAAUAAAACUACUUUAAGGUC